AUCUUCACCCCUACAAUCCGCACCAAUAUUCUGAUCCCCCCGCCCCAAACUUUCAACAACCAAUUGCCUCCAGUUUCCACAAUGCCAACCAUAACGGUGGCUUUGUCCACCCGACCAUUGAAGCCGAACAAGAAAGGCGUGGUCCCUUCCUCCGAACGCGAGCGCUACGUCCAAGCAUGCGCCGAUAUUGCCCAUCGUUUAAUUCAACUUCACGAAGAGGGCGAGGGAGGGAAAGAUGUGAACCUUAAUGCCCUGAGAGGCCAGAUCUCGAAAAAGCACAAACUGAAGACAAUCCCACCGCUCAUAGCAAUCAUUGCUGCUAUUCCAGAGCACUACAAAAAAUACAUUGUUCCCAAACUAAUAGCCAAACCAAUCCGUAUGAAUUACAUGCAGCCCCUUCGCAGCCCCCAUAGCUGAGCGUUUGUAGGCACAAGCUCCGGAAUAGCUGUCGUGGCAGUCAUGUGCAAGCCGCACAGAUGUCCUCAUAUUGCCUAUGUAAUUUCCCGCCCUGCUAACCCAUCUGUCAUGCUCAUGUGUUGUGAAGACAGGAAAUAUUUGCGUCUAUUGCCCCGGAGGUCCUGACUCGGAUUUCGAGUACAGCACGCAAUCGUAUACCGGCUACGAACCAACCUCUAUGAGAGCGAUUCGUGCGCGCUACGAUCCUUUUGAACAAGCUAGAGGGCGUGUGGAUCAGCUGCGGCAGCUCGGGCAUAGUGUGGAUAAGGUCGAGUUUAUUAUUAUGGGAGGCACCUUUAUGUCUCUCCCGGAGAGCUAUAGGGACGGAUUUAUAGCAAGCUUACACAACGCACUUUCAGGAUAUACCUCGGAAAACGUGGACGAGGCUGUCCGGUGAGGUGCCAUGCGUCCCCUCCUGCAAUUUUGUGUACAGCUAAUUUGAAUCCAGUCUAGCAGAACAAUCUGAGACUAAAUGUGUGGGGAUUACAAUUGGUUCGAGACCCACAAGUUGCACUUCAAAAGCUACUAACCUUAUAUAGAGACAAGGCCGGAUUAUUGUCUUGACCAGCACUUAAGCUCUAUGCUACGUUAUGGCUGUACACGCCUUGAGAUUGGAGUUCAGAGUCUUUACGAGGAUGUCGCCCGAGAUACAAACCGUGGCCAUACCGUGAAAGCCGUGUGUGAGACAUUUAAACUGGCGAAGGAUUCGGGCUACAAAGUUGUGUCACACAUGAUGCCAGAUUUACCUAAUGUAGGCAUCGAGAGAGAUCUGGAGCAAUUCAAAGUAAAUCAUCACAGGAUCCAAUAUGAUUCCCCUCAAACGCUAACCGCGGAUAGGAGUAUUUCGAGAAUCCGGACUUUCGAACGGACGGCCUCAAGAUCUACCCAACCCUUGUCAUUCGAGGCACAGGUCUCUACGAACUCUGGAGAACAGGGCGAUACAAAAACUAUACCCCCAACGCCCUCAUAGAUCUAGUCGCUCGUAUCCUAGCCCUCGUUCCUCCAUGGACCCGUAUCUACCGGGUCCAACGCGACAUCCCAAUGCCCCUUGUAACUUCUGGCGUUGAGAAUGGUAACCUCCGCGAGUUGGCCUUGAGCAGGAUGAAAGACUUCGGAACAACAUGCCGUGACGUGCGCACCCGUGAAGUCGGGAUUCAGGAGGUGAAGAACAGGGUACGCCCAGAUCAAGUGGAGUUCAUCAGACGAGACUAUACGGCGAACGGCGGAUGGGAGACAUUCUUGAGCUAUGAGGAUCCGAAGCAGGAUAUCCUGAUCGGACUGCUACGGCUACGGAAGUGUUCUGAUCGAACGUUCAGGCCUGAACUCACUGGUAAGCCUACAAGCUUAGUUAGGGAGUUGCAUGUUUAUGGAUCCGCGGUGCCGGUGCACAGCCGGAAUCCGAAGAAGUAUCAGCAUCAGGGGUAUGGUACUUUGCUCAUGGAGCAGGCGGAGAGGAUUGCCAGAGAGGAACAUGGGAGCCGAAAGAUUAGCGUGUAAGUGAAUGGGCUAACGUCCCUGAAUCCAACAAUGGUAGCUAAUGUGGACUGUUUUAUUACAGUAUUUCGGGCGUCGGGGUGCGAAAGUACUAUGCUAAACUCGGGUAUCACCUAGAGGGCCCGUACAUGUCGAAGUUUCUGGGUAGGGGUGAAGAUGAUAAUUAUGUUGGGUACAACUAGUACGAUAAUAUGCUCGCUCGUUGGACGUGCAUGCUCAUAAAUGUCGGGUAUUAGGGUACAUGCAUGGUACCAAUGUAUCCUACAGAGUCCCGAUGUCUUCGGCUUGAUGUGCGCAUUUGACUGCGGGCUAGCUACUCGAGGGCCACGCAGCCGUCUCCCUGGCUUCCAUGACAGAUAAUAGAGCUUCGGGGAACAAUUUAUGAAUAACUUUUCUCCGCCCAUGCUAUAAAUUUCAUCCCACCCAUAAUAAACCCGAAUCGCACCUGCGAGUCAAUCCUCCGCCAUCCAUCCCAAAGCUCCCGCACUGGCUCCCUUCUCCUCCACCAUUUUGUCCAAACCAACUACCCGAAACAAUAAGUCUUGGGAAUCUGGUGCUUCCUACCCUAACCUAUCCAACAGGGAAGUGGGCCACAACAGGGAACUGGGCCACCC